AAGAUCUACGGUGUUAAAUUCAGUCUUUUUACAGGGUCCAAGUUAGAUUAAUAAACUGGGCAUGGAGGUCUUAACAGAUGGAUUAUCCAGAGGAACUUUGCAGCAUCUACAGAAGUUGGAGCAGCAAGCCCAGGACCUGAGACAUGGAUCCAGGAGUAGGGCCAAGCAGGAGAGGAUGUUGAGAGCCCUUCAGAAAGCUGUGCACCAGCUCCAGGAGAGGAGGGACUUCCUUAAGGUUCAGGUUGCAAACUCACCAAUUAAGGUGCUGGGCCCUGUAUUGCAGAGCACAGAUUCCGGUGAUGAAGCCUUGAUGAAGGCUGUCAAGGAAACAUUCAAGACAACAGACAAAAAGACUUUUAAGGAUGCUGUGACUGAAGCCACAAAACUAAAACAGAGAGAGUUGUCUGUAUCAUAUAGACUAACAGGCUGCACUGUCCACAAAACAGAUGGAAAUAGGGUGCGGGUAAGAUGGGACACCUUCGACCAUGGGCAGUACUUUCAACCAUACUACGCAGUCAUAUCCAUCAACGCUUCAAAGAAUCUCCACCUUGCCAAGCAUAACCUACCGUACUUUCUACCCAUCAAGGAUUUGGAGAAGGACCAUCUCAACACAGAUAUGCAGGCCUUCAUACAGGUGGUCAGCGACAGCCUAAAUGCAUUUGUUUCAAGAAGACACCAAGUAGAAGAAGCAAAAGAGAAUUGCAAGAAAUUGAUCCCAGGAGAGGUGACUUCAAGCAAUGCCUUUAACAACAUCGGAAUGACCUUAUCAAACUCCGGACAGGCAAUUUGCGAUGUUCAGCUUAUCUAUGAUGACCUCAAAGGAAAUAGACCCACCAGUGUAACCGUUCAUUCAAAUGGAGAACUAUCCAAAGCAAAAAUCAGGAGCAUCAAAGAACUCUUCGCUGAACACCGGAUUGCAGACGCCAUACUGCAGGCCCCGUUUUCAUGAGAACAUUUCCCAAAUGCCAGAUGCAAAUAAAGUUCCGGUCACAAACUAUGGGGGAGUAGGCUUUGUCAUCACAAAGAGAAGUUGUCAGUUUGUGUUUGUGAUGGCGCUGGUUGAAAUGAUAACAUGGCUUGCACUAUGCUCAUCCCAUUGCAUGCCU